AAGGUCGAGGUGCUUUCGGAGGACACACGUUGUUGUUGUUGUGUGGUGUUGGACGUGAAGGUGGGACUUGGGCUGGUAAUUGGUUUAGGUGGGCACAAGACAUGCUCCUCCUUCGCCAUGGAUGCUCUCAUUCAAGCAUACGAUGAUCGUGACGAGGAGGAAGAGGAGCACGAGAGCUACCAUCAGCAGCCUCAGAAACGCCCCAAAUUUGUUUCCGCUUCUCCGCUGUCGUUGCCGCCUCCACUUCCUCUUCGUCCUCACUCUCAGCCUCCCCUGCCUCCCACAUCUGCAGGCGUCCCGGGAAGAUAUGUUUCGAAACGUGAACGUGCCGCCAUAGCUGCGACAGCCCUCGCACCCAACCCCACCUCUCCCGUCCGCCCACCACUCGAACUUGCAAGUGUGCUGAAUGCAAAGCUGCCUCAUCGCAUCCAAAGGAAAUUGGAUCACUCUCUUGGAAAUGCUGGGGGUUGCAACAGGUGUCCCCGGGAGCUCGUCACGAAGCUGGAAGGCCACAGCAAAGCUGUCAUCGCUGUCCGGUGGUCUCCUACGCAUGGUGCGUUGCUUGCAUCAGCUGGGAUGGAUCACAAAGCUUACGUUUGGAAUGUAUGGGAAAGUCCAGCUCACCAGAUGGGACGUUGUCUCAGCUGCCACACACAUGCUCUCAAGGAUAUUCAAUGGUCCUUGGAUGGCAAUUCAGUCCUCAGCUGUGGCUUUGACCAGACGGCAAGGCUGAGCGAUGUUGAGACUGGCGCUCAGACACAAGUAUUUUCUGAGAGCCAAGUUGUAAACGUUGUAAGGUUCCAUCCAUUGGAAGGAAACCUGUUCAUCACGGGGGGCUCAAAGGGUUCUGUGAAGCUCUGGGACGUUCGAUUAGGAAAAUUUGCAUGCGAGUACUCCAAAGCUCUUGGUGACGUGAUGGACGUUGAUUUUAGUCCUGACGGAAGCAGGUUUGUUACAACGUCAGAUAUUGCCAAACGUAAUUCGAGUGACAAAUCUCUUUUGGUUUGGAAUUUCGCAACACAGAUUCCUCUCUCUAAUCAGGUCUAUUUGGAGGCAUAUACGUGCCCGAGUGCCCGAUUCCACCCCUUUGAGCAAUGCUUCAUUGCACAAUCCAAUGCUGACUACAUAGCAGUAUUCUCUGGCCGCGCCCCCUUCAAGGUAAACAAGCACAAACGCUUUCAAGGUCACCAAGUGGCAGGGUAUCGAAUCCAGUGCAGUUUUAGUUCCGAUGGGGAGUGUGUAGUCACAGGAUCUGCAGACGGCCACGUAUACUUUUACAACUAUCGGUCCACUCAGCUCAUCAAGAAGAUUGCUGCACAUCAAGGGGUUUGCAGUGAUGCUGUGUAUCACCCGAGCCUUCCAUCCGUUGUUGCUACUUGUGGGUGGGAUGGUAUCGUCUCCGUCUUUGAAUAAUGUUGGCAGACUGAGUUUUUGAUGCUUUGGGUCGAAUGAUAUGUCUCCACUGCCCAGAUGAUCGUGUAUAUGAGUCCAAAAUAUCGAACUGAGCUUAAUCUCAGGUGGGAAUAGGUUUGGUGGCAACAAUUCAUGGUAGAGGUGCUUUGAAGUAUUAGUAGCUGAUGUUGGAAGGGUAGCUUUACACCUUGUUCCGCGAGACGGAGAACAAAAGAAUGACCACCAGCUUUCAAGAUAGAGUAUUAUAAAUCUGUCACAUAAAAUGUACACCAUGAAUAAGGAGCUGUAAAAUUGCAUUUCUGUUCGAAGACGGAUGUAAACAGUAGUUUGUUGCUU